AUGACGGCACCAUCAGAGCCAGCGCAACUGUUGUCGGCUGCAAUCCGCCAGUCCAACUUUGAACAGGGCAUCGCCUAUGCCCUCCAUCUCUGGCCCGCCUUGACGCUGUCCGUGCAAAACGGCUGGGGAGGCCCCGACUCGGCCGACAAGCGAGACUGGUUCGCUGGCGCCGUAUCCGAUCUAUUCCCCGAAUUCACCGAUGCGCCACCCCAAGGCCCACCGGCCACUGCAGCCCCCGAGCCGGAUCAGGAGGAGGUAGAGACGGUAUUGCUGCAGGUCAUGAUUGACGAGUUCGACGUCAACGUCGACGACGACUCUGGCGCCGAGGUGGCUGGUCAGAUUAUCCGAGCACGGACCCAGUGUGCAGCUGGGCAGUUUGACGAGGUGAACGUGCUCAGGGAACGGUUCUCGAACCGCAAGGGCAACAAGGUGGAUCAGAUGUUCAAAAAGGCCGAGGAUGCAGACCAAGACACCGACUGGGAAUCGGAUGAUUCAAACGACGACGAAGACGACGUCGACGACGACGACCAAGGGGCAGGUGCAGAUGUCGAGAUGGGCGACGCGCCCGCCUUGGUGUCUGCGGCAAAGGAGAAGAAGCCCGGGCCGCAGGUGGACGAGGAUGGGUUCACCAUGGUGACGAAGAGAAAAUGA